UCCCCUGUCCUGCUUCAUCCGCAGUCCAGACGACCGAGAAGAUGCUCGCUUCACCAGUCGCUCCCUCUGUUUCGUCGUUCAACUUCCAUGUCCUCCCUUCUUCCGAUCCACCGUACAAGCUCCUCCAAACACACCCAUCUCUGUCGCUGCUCUCCAAGUGCCGGAACCUCCAACAGCUCAGGCAAAUCCACUCCCAGAUCAUAAAAUCCGGCCUCCACAACACCCAGUUCGCCCUCAGCAAGCUCGUCGAGUUUUGCGCGGUCUCGCCCUCCGGCGAUCUGUCGUAUGCGGUCUCGCUGUUCGAAUCCAUCGAGGAGCCGAAUCAGUUGAUUUGGAACACUAUAAUAAGAGGGCAUUGUCUGAGCGAUACCCCGGGUUUAGCCAUACAUAUUUAUGUUCGGAUGUUGUUACGUGGGGCGAUGCCGAAUUCUUAUACUUUCCCUUUCCUGUUGAAGUCUUGCGCGAAAGCUGGGUUGGCCCAUGAAGGGAAACAGAUUCAUUCGCAUGUUGUGAAGCUGGGACUUGAGUCUGAUGCCUUUGUGCACACUUCGCUUAUCAACAUGUAUGCUCAGAGCGGUGAAUUGGACAGUGCACGUCUGGUGUUCGAGAAAAGCUUGCACAGAGAUGCUGUGUCUUAUACGGCUUUGUUGACUGGUUAUGCAUCUACUGGUCAGAUGGAUGAAGCCAAACAGCUGUUUGAGAAUAUUCCUGUUAGAGAUGUGGUGUCUUGGAAUGCUAUGAUCGCAGGGUACAGUGAAUGUGGCCAAUUCGAGGAGGCAAUGGAGACAUUUAGGGGAAUGCAGAAGGUAAAUGUGAUGCCGAAUGAGAGUACUAUGGUUACUGUUCUCUCAGCUUGUGCUCAGUCAGGUUCAAUUGAAUUGGGGAAGUGGAUCCAUUGUUGGAUAGAAGAUCAUAAAAUGGGAUCGAAUUUACGGCUUGUCAAUGCGCUUAUUGACAUGUACUCGAAGUGUGGGGAUGUAGAAACAGCUCAAGGGUUGUUUAAUGGUAUGUCGCUGAAGGAUGUGAUUUCGUGGAAUGUUAUGAUCGGUGGUUACACUCAUAUGAAUCGUUACAAAGAGGCAUUGGUUCUGUUUAGGGAAAUGUUAAAAUCUAAUGUGGAGCCUAAUGAUGUCACGUUCUUAAAUGUUCUCCCAUCUUGUGCUUGCUUAUGUGCACUCGAUCUGGGAAAAUGGAUUCACACUUAUAUAAACAAGAACUUCAACAUUACCUUACCAAAAAAAAAAAACAAGAACUUCAACAGUUCAACAAGCACUGCUCUAUAUACCAGUCUUAUUGACAUGUAUGCGAAAUGCGGAAAUGUAGUGGCAGCAGAACAAGUUUUUAAUGGCAUGAAGAGUAAAAGCUUGUCUUCUUGGAACGCAAUGAUUUCUGGAUUGGCCAUCCAUGGGGAGGUAGAGAAGGCCCUUGGCUUUUUCUCGACAAUGGUUAAUGAAGGGCUCAAGCCAGAUGAUGUCACAUUUGUUGGUGUUUUAUCUGCCUGUAAUCAUGCAGGUUCAUUAGAACUUGGGCGGAGUUAUUUUAGUUCAAUGAUCCAAGACUAUAAAAUCUCCCCUAAAUUGCAGCAUUAUGGAUGCGUCGUAGAUCUCUUGGGUAGAAAUGGAUUGUUUGAUGAAGUGGAGGCCCUCAUAGAAUCAAUGAAUGUGAAACCAGAUGGUGCUAUUUGGGGUUCUCUGCUAGAAGCUUGCCGAGCUCAGGGACAAGUCGAGUUGGGUGAAAUCUUUGCUCAUCAUCUUUUCGAACUGGAACCCGAUAAUCCUGGCGCUUACGUGCUCUUAUCUAACAUUUAUGCAAAAGCUGGUAGGUGGGACGAUGUGGCAAGAACAAGAACCAAACUGAAUGAUAAGGGAAUGAAGAAGGUUCCUGGGUCUACAUCUAUAGAAGUAGAUAGUGUGGUUCAUGAGUUCCUCGUGGGCGACAAAACACAUCCUCAGAGCAAAGACAUAUACAUGAUGUUGGAUGAAAUAGACAGGCUUUUGGAAAUGGCUGGGUUUGUGCCAGACACAACCGAGGUGCUUUACGACAUGGAUGAAGAGUGGAAGGAGUGCGCAUUAAGUCACCACAGUGAGAAGAUAGCUAUUGCAUUCGGGCUGAUCAGUACUAAGCCCCGGACAACCAUCAGGAUUGCCAAGAACCUUCGAGUCUGCAGAAACUGCCAUUCGGCAACAAAGCUCAUUUCGAAGAUUUUCAAUAGGGAGAUAAUUGCCAGGGACCGUAACCACUUCCACCAUUUUAGAGAUGGUAAUUGCUCUUGUAAGGAUUGUUGGUAAUGAGCAUGUCAUGAAAUAGGGAUAACAUUUGGUAAUUGUAAACUGCACUAAAUUGCUGAGUACAUACUCAUACUCUUCAUUCUUAUACAAAAUGUGAACUAGAUCCAUCUUCAGGAUGAAGCAGAAGAACCCCUCUUUAUUUUUUAGGCAAAAGGACAUUAUAAGCGCCAUAAGUUGUGUACGAA